UCUCCCACGCUGUGCUUCAGAAACGCUACGAACAGCUGAAGGGGUAAAGGGAGCACGUAAAUAACGAAUGUUUUGGGUUUUUUUUCCUUUCAGAUGUUAAACUUAUUUUAAGGAUUAACACACUCCCGAAAAAAAGUUGACAGAAGGUUUAUGGAUUUAUACGUGAAGUAAACAAGAUUAGAAAGAAGCUGGACGUCAAAUAAAGCCGCACUGGUCUGAAACGAUGCCCACAGCAGCCUCACCCUGAGCUAGCUCCUGUUCCGACCGGGGGAAAGAGGGAAGCGAUGGGGGAAGCGGAGGAUGAGAGGAGCUCUCAGGCCAGCCAGCUCUUUGAGAACUUCGUUCAGGCCUCCACGUGUAAAGGCACCCUCCAGGCUUUCAGCUUGCUGUGCAGGCAGCUGGAGCUCGACCCGACCGACCACCAAGGCUUCUACAGCAACCUGAAGGCGGCCGUCACCUCCUGGAAGGCCAAAGCCCUGUGGACCAAGCUGGACAAACGAGCCAACCACAAGGAGUACAAGAACAGCAGAGCAUGCUCAGACCUCAGGUGCCUGGUCAUCGGCGGAGGCCCCUGCGGCUUGCGUACGGCCAUAGAGUUAGCUCUCCUCGGAGCCAAAGUGGUGGUGAUCGAGAAGAGGGACACGUUCUCCAGGAACAACGUUCUCCAUCUUUGGCCUUACACCAUCCACGACCUCAGGAACCUCGGUGCGAAGAAGUUCUACGGCAAGUUCUGCGCCGGAGCCAUAGACCAUAUCAGUAUUCGUCAGCUGCAGCUGAUCCUCCUGAAGGUGAGUCUCAUCGUCGGGGUGGAGGUUCAUGUCAACGUCGAGUUCCUCAAACUCCAGGAGCCGCCUCAAGAGCAGGACAACGAUGGGCCGGGAUGGAGAGCGGAACUGCAGCCCGCUUGUCACCCCAUCUCUGACUACGAGUUUGACGUGUUAAUAGGAUCGGACGGACGGAGAAGCACGCUAGAUGGUUUCAAAAGGAAGGAGUUUCGAGGCAAGCUGGCCAUCGCCAUCACGGCCAACUUCGUGAACCGCAACACCACAGCCGAGGCCAAAGUGGAGGAGAUCAGCGGCGUGGCCUUCAUCUUCAACCAGAAGUUCUUCCUGGAGCUUAAGGAGGAAACAGGGAUUGAUUUGGAGAAUAUCGUCUACUACAAGGACAACACGCACUACUUUGUCAUGACGGCGAAGAAGCAGAGUUUGCUGGAUAAAGGUGUCAUUAUUCACGACUACAUUGAGACCGAACGACUGCUGCACAGCGACAACGUCAGUCAGGAUGCUCUGCUCUCCUACGCCCGGGAGGCGGCUGACUUCGGCACCAACUACCAGCUUCCGUCUCUGGACUACGCCAUGAACCAUUACGGACAGCCUGACGUGGCCAUGUUCGACUUCACCUGCAUGUACGCAUCGGAAAACGCCGCACUCAUAAGGGAGAAGAACGGACACCAGCUCCUGGUGGCUCUGGUUGGAGACAGCCUUCUGGAGCCCUUUUGGCCAAUGGGCACAGGAUGUGCUCGAGGCUUCCUGGCUGCGUUUGACACGGUGUGGAUGGUGCAGGGUUGGGCUCAGGGCAAAGCCCCUCUGGAAGCGCUGUCCGAGAGGGAGAGCAUCUACAGGCUUCUGCCUCAAACCACAGCCGAAAACAUCAGUAAGAACUUUGAGCAGUACACCAUCGACCCUGCAACCCGCUACCCCAACCUCAACUCCACCUGCGUCCGACCACACCAGGUUCGGCAUUUGUACAUCAACGGGGAGCAGAACUACUGUUCUCUGGAGCGUAGUGUACCUACACGCAGGUCUGUCAAUAUCUCCAGGAAAGAAUCUGAGGUGCGGCCCAGCCGCUUGUUGCUGUGGUGUCAGAAGCAGACGCAAGGAUACAGAGGAGUAAACGUUACUGACCUCACUACAUCCUGGAGAAGUGGCCUCGCCCUGUGUGCCCUCAUCCACCAACAACGUCCAGACCUCAUUGAUUUUGAUUCUCUAAAUGAGGCAGACAGUGCCAAGAACAACCAGCUCGCAUUCGAGGUGGCCGAGAGGGCGUUCAGCAUCCAGCCGCUCAUCACAGGGAAGGAAAUGGCUGCUGAGCAAGAGCCCGACAAACUCGUCAUGGUGCUCUACCUGUCCAAGUUCUACGAAAUGUUCCGGAACUCCUCCCUACCUUCCUCAGGAGCUUCCACAGAGACCAACGAGAACAAUGAUCUUGUGCUGCCCCUAAAACGGAUUCCAAAGGAUGACAAGAAGUUCGAAGACACCGACAAGAAGAGAAGAAAAGGCAUCAGCUACUUGGACGAGCUGUCCAAACAGAGCACUUCGACUGCAGUGGAGGAGGGCGAGCAAAAGGAGAAUAAAGUGCGCUCCAUGGCAACUCAGCUUCAAGCCAAGUUUGAGGAGAACGCACCAAGCUUUGCCCUUCGACGGCAGCGUGAGUCUGAUUCCAGUUCAGAAAAGCCUGUUUCUCUGGACAUGACCGAAAACCCUCGGUUUGCUAAACCCAGGCAGUCCUCAUCCCCUCCUCCUUCUCCCAAACCAAAGUGGCAGCCGUCUCCUUACUUGAGACUCCUCGAGUCUCAGAUGCAGCCUGGAAACAAACAUGGACCCCUGGAAACCCAACACGUUCAAAUUCAAUCACUUUACAUCAACACCACCAGCAUGGAGGAUCAGUCAGCUUUUCAGUCACCAGAACCUCAGUUCACUUCUCAAACAACACAACCUUGGUCUCAACUUCAGCCCCCUAAACCCUCAACCCCUCAACCUCAAUCCAGUCUUCAGUGCCUUUCUGUCUCAGCUCUGACUCUGAAGCAUGUCCUCAAACCCAAAGAGGAACCUGUGAUCACCUCCAAGUCCUCAGAAACCCCCCUGAUCUCCCUACCUGCUCUGGGAGGGAUGCUGCAACGACUAAAGGUUCUGGAGGACAAAACCAAUCAGAAGAAAGUGCAGACUCAAAGCACACGAGAGUUCAGCAGAAAGAGUAUAAGAGAGCGAGCAGAGCAGCUGAGCUUCCUCUUCACCGGCACACCGGCUCAGAAGAGUGGACCCUCUCCAGCUCCUGAUUCUUCUCCUAAACCUAUUCUGUGUCCAUCUCUUCCUGAGCCCUCUGCUUUCUCCUGUCUGCUGUCUCCUCUUCCUGAAGCUCAGCCCAAGCAGUGUAACGGAUGUGCUGUAUCAGAGCAGAUGCCUCACGAUCACCAGGAGCUUAAAAGUCGAUCUGAGAUCAAACGUGUCCAAUGCCUCGAUCCUUCAAAACAGAGGACAGUGGGGAAGGUUUCCUCUGUGAUUGGUGUUAAAGCUGCCACUCUGGCCAUCCUUUACGAAACUGAUCACAGACCCAACAACCCUUAUACCCUCUCACUGACCGAGGCCAGGAGAUGCCAGGAGUCUGGUUCGGUGAACCUGCGGAAGGAGUUCGCUCCCGGGAUGGGCGGCAGUGACACAUGCCACUUCUGUAAGAAGCGUGUGUAUGUGAUGGAGCGACUAAGCGCAGAGGGCUACUUCUUCCAUCGAGAGUGUUUCCGCUGUGAAGUCUGCAGCGCCACACUAAGGCUGGGAGGACACGUGUUUGACCAAGGUACUUUUUACUGCAAGCUGCACUUUUCCCAGCGUAAAACCAGCCACAGGCUCCGAAAGCCAGAGGUCCACAGAAGCAACGUGUCCGUGCCCGAUGAUACCGACGGUUUCUCCACCAGCGGGAGCCUCCACAUGCAGCCUUCAGGAAUAAAUUCAUUGACGCUGGAAGACAGCAUCCAGAAAGUUCCGCAGGACCCCGAGAAAACGGCCGAGAGUUCAGCCGAUCCACAACACUCAGAUCUUCCCAAGUUCAUCAGCCACAGCAGGGUCGGGGACCUUUCAGUUCACGAUCUCACCACAGAGUCCGAGCCGCUCGGUCCGAGCUCUCCACAGGACAACACGGUGGAGCGCUCGUACACCAGGGGAGAAAUCACCAUCAAAAACAAUAACUGGAAAAGAAAGAUCAGAGCAACUUUGCCUCUGAAUCUGGUGAAAUCGUUCGACAAAAAAGGGGAUGGAGGUGAUGCUCUUAUAGAAGAGGAUGGAGAUUCUGAUUUUGAGGAGAUACAUAUACCGGAAGCUGAAAAUCAUGCUGCAGACUCUCACUGCCCUCUACAGGAGGAAACAGAGAAAUCAGCUGUAGAUGAGAUUCCCCUUUAUCGCACUCAUGGAAUUAUAUCCCUUCCCAAAUCAUCUCCGGAGCAGCAACCCGACACUUGCACACCAGCCCUGGACCAGCAGAGCGCUUUGAGCACAAAGAAAAAGCUCACUCUGUCUUUGUCGGAGAAAGAGAGGCUGCUGGACUGGGAUCUGGCCACUCCUGGAACGUUUUCAUCCACGACUGCGGCGACAGAUCGAGCAGAAAUGUACGUUCGAAAACCCGCAAACUCGACCAAAGCUCGAACCAGUCCAGAAUCUGAAGCAGCGUCGAGUCCAGCUUCCGCUGAACCUGAGCCCAGCCCUCCUCUCUCAGGAUUCCAGCUGUGGGCCAGUGUGUUGAGGAAAUCCUUCGCUGAAGCAGGUAACAACCCCAAAGUGAUCAGAAGAAACCGUCCUCGCAGAGCCAGGCCUCUGUCAGAGGGCUCCUUCAGCUUCGGCUUCCUGUUCGGCGUCUCCGCUCAGAACCAGGAGGAGGAUGGGGACGGUCUGACACGCUCCAGAGCAGAUACGGAAGGAAGCCAGAGCAGAACGGCAGGCAGGAGUGAGAUUACGGCCAUGCUGGAGCAGGUGACGCUCAGCAACAAGCCAUCGAGGGCUUCCAAAGACGACACGGCCUCCCUGCCUCAGAGGAAGCUCAACUUCUUCUCAUCCAUGCGGGUGAAGAGGAACGAAGGAGGAGACAGGAGCAAGACGGACAAUCAGAUGAAGGACGUCUGGAGCAUUCUGUCCAAAUUCAGAAACAAAGCAUCGUCGCAACACGAGCAACACCAACACGAAGACGACUAUUCAUCCAGCGAGGAAGACCAGGAAUCCGUUGCACAAAGGUCUGAAUCUGGCAACUUGGAGAGACGGAGAAAGCAGCAGGAGAAAACACUCGUCGUGCAAACCAAGAGAGAGCAGCUGAAACGACUUCACAGGGCUCAGGCGAUCCAGAGGCAGCUGGAGGAGGUUGAGGAGAAGCAGAGAGCUCUGGAGGAGAAGGGAGUAGUGCUGGAGAAGGUCCUCAGAGGAGAGAGUGAAGACAGGUCAGCAGACGAGGCCGAGCUCCUGCACUCCUGGUUUAAACUCGUCCUGGAGAAGAACAAGCUGGCCAGAUACGAGUCUGAGCUUGUGAUCUUUGCUCAGGAGCUGGAGCUGGAGGACAGACAGAGUCGUCUACAGCAGGAUCUCAGACGGAGGAUGGCCACUGAAGACUGUAAGAAGAGUGAGACGGAGAUGGCGGAGGAGCAGGUCCUGCUGAACGAGGUGAUGAAGGUCGUGGAGGAAAGAGAUCAGCUGGUGAGCCUGCUCGAGAAACAACGGCUACAGGAAAAAGCCGAGGACCGAGACCUCGAGAGCCUCAUCCUCUCCAAGGGCUACCAGUUUCACUGGGCAUGACCGUCUCACACACUUACUCGCACAGAGAGAGAGUGUGUGUUGGUUUAGGAUGAAGAUGCACACAAUCUGGACUAAAAUAAGGGAAACAUUCCUGCACUUAGCAAAAGUUUUAGAUUUAUAAACUUUACGGUAAUCACUAAUCUCAAACCACACGCAGAUCCUAGAUCUAUGUUUUUCACUCAAAAAUGCAGAGUGAAGGUUUUAUCUCAGAUACAGCUCCAUGUUACAUAGAUGUCCGAAUAUUUCUGCCUGAGCUGGGCGCUGACUGAAAUCGUUUCAUUUCACGUUCUAUAUCUUGCAGCAGACUAAAGCCAGCCCCUGAGACAACACCCCCUGUUGCCUCACUGCUGCUUCUUUUUAAUUCAAAAUCGACCCAAGAUCUGCCUCGUGGUAAACCGUAAACGUCACUACUGAGGUGUGUUUAUUUACAGUAGGCUUCAUUUCCUUAACACGUGAACACUUAACACUAAUAGAACACACUGUGUAACACUAAAACACCUCAAACUGCCUACUGCUGGGUUUGUGAAGAACUGUAGUCACGAGGGUGCUUUAACACUGUACGUAACGUUGAUGCUCUGAUUUGUACGCGUCUGUCUGCUUGUCUGUAAACUUGUACAUGUUCAAUGACGUUAUCGUUCUGUUUUGUUGUUGACCAACUCGUUCGUCACGUCCUUUAUUCUGUCCUGUAUUUAAUUUAUGAUUGGAAGACAGCCGCAUGAGGCCUGGAUUGAUUUAAUUUAAUAAAGACAGCAAACACUGUUUGCUUAUGGAUAUUUUAAAAGUGUCUACAUACUACAUCAUUUUUAUAAUCUCCUUUUUUUUUUUAGUUUCCUCCUGUUUUGUUGUGUCCAUGUUGAUGAUUGAAUGUCUUUGUCAUGUCUCACUCCACAGUGGUGGUUAAUAUGAAGCUCACUACUCAGUAGUUCACUCUGUCAUUUCGACUGGAUUCCUGCAACUCGUUCCUUUGAGCAUCAUUCCCCCUCUGCAAAUGAUCUCACACCAUCCCACUGCUACGCUCCUUCCACUGGCUUCCAGUUUUAAAACUAUCAUGUUUGCCAACAAAGCCAAAAACAGACCAGCACCCACUUACCUUUAAGCUUUUCUCACACCCCAGACUGCACCACGCUACCUCACUUAGAUCCUCAUCCCACCAUCUGUCAGGGUAUGAGGAAGACCUCCAUCAGGACUCUUCCCUGUAUGGGGACCUAGGUGGUGUAAUGAACUUCCUGUAGAUGACUGAACAUCUGAGUCACUGUCUGUCUCCAAAACCACACCUAAACACCUACAUGGCUCUUCCUGAAGUACUGUAACUAAAAAGAAAAACAAACCUUGUGUUGUCUGGGUGUGCUUCC